UCCAAGUCGCUGUACAAUGUAUAACCAUGAAAUGCACCAAUGAAAGUCCAGCUUGAGUUCGACUACGCAUUCAAGAUACAACAGGACGACCGUAAUGGCUGACUCUUAUUGAAUAUAAAUGCGUUAUAGAUUCUUAUUUUGUUGUAGUGUCAAAUACUAAAGUGCUGUAAACAUAAUUAUUCUUAUUUUAUUAUCUUCCGUUUUCGUAAAAAUAUUAAGGGUUUCGUGAUGGCCGACGAAGGAUUUGAUCUAUGUGAAUGUAUAUGGAACCAUGAAUUUGCUAUGCAACGCCUACUUUCUAUUUUGCGGCAGAGCCAAAAUUACUGCACAGAUAAUGAAUGUUUUGAUAUGUCACGAUUACCAGGACCACGUGAUGUUCCAUCAUGGAACUUAAAUUUUUUCAUGAUUUUAUUAAUUAUUGUAUUUGUUGCCCUUAUGUAUGCUCUUAGACCACAGUCUCUUCGUCAUUUAAAUAAUAAUAUUGCUAAAGAUCGAAACAAUGAACGUGAUUCGCAUGACGAUCCUCCAGUACCACCACCGACAAUACAAUAAAAAAUGAAAUAUGAUAAACGCUUUUAUGUAGAUUUUUAUAAGAAAUCUACUGAAUUUAUAGAUGAAGUAAAAAAAAAAUUAAUUAAUUUGAUUUAUAUAUGAUAUCUCUAUGAAUAUAUUUAAUCUAACUUAAAAAAAACUGUAAUUUUCUUUUUUUUCUAAUAAUUUGAAAAUUAUUAUAUUUGUACACGUUAACAUUCGCAUUCUUCGAUUUUUAUUUACUAACAUUUGUCACAUAUCGAAGCUAUAUAUAAAA